AUGGAGAAACCUGAAAAUCAUCUCAAUAAUGACGAUAUCACUGAAAAAGAAGCAUCUCAGCUUGCUGCAUUGUUGAAAGAGAUGAAGGAAGGGCUUGAUAAUGUUAAGCGGAAAAUUCAAACUUUAACUGCCAAGGUGAAAGCUCAGAGUUCUACAGUAGAUGGAUUCAGUUAUCUUGAUGCUAAAAAUUUGCUGCUUUUGAAUUAUUGUCAAUCCCUUGUUUAUUAUCUAUUGCGAAAGGCUAAGGGAUAUUCUAUAGAAGAACAUCCUGUAGUUCGAAGUAUAGUUGAGAUAAGAUUAUUUUUAGAAAAGAUUCGUCCAAUUGACAAAAAAAUGCAAUACCAAAUCCAGAAAGUUAUUAAAGCUAGUGAAAGUGCAGCAAGUAAUGCCAAUGAGAAGGUGCCGGCUGCAUCCAAUAAGAGUGAGGAGGACGCUUCAAAGUAUCGUCCAAAUCCUGGGAAUCUUAUUAGCAAAAUACAACCAACCGCCCAGGACGGCGAUGGUGACGACGUGUAUCAUCCUCCUAAAUUGGUCCCUACUUCUAUGGAUAUAGAUAAAUCUUCAAAGCAAGAAAGAAAUGCCAUCCGAAGAGAUAGAGAAAUUCUGAAACAUGCUCAGCAAAGUGAUUUCAUCAGAAGAAUGGUGAAUGAUAUGGAGGAAAGACCUGAAGAGAUACAUGAUUUUAUGGGAACUAGCAGAGAAGUGGAUAAGUUUGCUCGCAAAUUCGACGAGCGGUCUAGGCAAGAGGAGGAAAUAUUCAACCGUCUUCCUAUGACAAAACAGGAGAGGAAGAAAGAGAAGUACAUGAAGAAAGCAACAAAUGGGAUGCAAGGCCUGACAGAAAAUUUAUUUGAUGAAAUCAAAGGAUUGCCCUUUGAAGAUGAUACUGGUGAGCAAACAAUGGGCUUCAAAAAGGGUCCCAGAAGAAAUGGGAAGCAUGGGAAGCUGAAGAAGCGAAAGAGGAAACAUUGA